AUGUGCUACCGCAAGAUCUUCGUCCACCACCGCUGUGGCCACGAAAUUACGUCCACCCUGGAGGGUUGUGGUGCUGGGUUGGGGGCCGGGGGGUUAAGGGUGCUGCUUGCUCCAGGAAUUGGCGAUGUGUGA